UCAUUCAUUCAUUCAAUUUCACAAAUGUCAAAAAGGGCUGGGACGAAAACGGGCGACUUCGGGAUAUCGUACAAAAUUAAUUAUUUACACGUGAAAAUAACAAAGUAAACUGUAAUAAUGUGAUUAAAAAUGUUUGUGGACUGGGCGUGCGUACGCCGAAUCGGCUAAAACGGCGUAAACUGCUCCCUGUGUGGACGUUUAACCUCGCUAGUUUUGGCGCAAUUGUUUUCUCAUUUAUCGUUUUGGUAUCAUGUUGAAAUUCAAAAAGAUGGGAUCGGAUAAAGUGCCAUUGCUUCUGGUGACCGCCAACGUGGGAUCAAUAUUCGAGGAACCGUCAGUGAUGCUGCCAAUAUGGACGUCGGAGUUCUUGCAAGCAGUAGCGCGAAUGGACCCGAAGUUCAUAGCGCUUCACCUCCAAGAAGUGGGAGGAAAAGCAUACGAGAAGUCGAUGCAGUACGUCCAAGACUUCGUACAGAGGCUGAUGGAUUGCCCGGAGCUGAGACUCUUUGACAAGAUCAGGAUUUUCCUUGAUGAGGACUUCAGUUCGCCGGAGAAAUUCACGGCUCUAGGCAACAUGUACUUCGCUCACUCGUCGCUCACCGACCUCAAGAUUUGGGACUUCGAGCUGAAGGCGUACGUGGACGCGGCAGGCAAGGAGCUGCACAGCGGGAACAUCGAGAAAGUGCCCACUAAGGAGAAGGCCAAGUUCCCGCAGCAUUUCUUCCCCGAGUGCAAAUGGUCCCGCAAAGGCUUCCUGCGUACGCGCUGGCUGAUCCGCGGGACGGCGCUGGAGUUCGUAAACAUCCACCUGUUCCACGACGCCAGCAACCUGCUAGCGGUCGAGCCCUUCCCGUCUGUGUACUGUCGAAGCAGGCGGCGGGCUUUACGUCACACGCUGAGACACUUGCACUCGGACGUGAACGCUGCGCCUUACUUCAUAUUCGGGGACUUUAACUUCAGGACCGAUACUGGAGGCGUGGUCAAGAAAAUAACCGAAGAGCUGACAGCGUGCCGAUUACAAAAUGGCGGCAAUGCGGACGCGUCCAAACUGCAGUAUCGGUCGGCGACCGACGGCCGCGUGGUACUAACGGUCGGCAAGAAAGAGUUCUCGCAUCUAGACCACCAGAAGAUCUUCAGAGAGCCUUGGCUGCAACGAUACGACCGCGAGUUGGAAGCGCUUCGGCCGCACUUGUACGAGUUUCCCGUAAAGUUCCCGCCGUCCUACCCCUUUGAGGAAGAUGUCCAUCUACCCACUCAUUACAUGAAGACACGGUGCCCGGCGUGGUGCGACCGCAUCCUGCUGUCCCAGUCCGCGAGGCUACUAGUCCAGCAGGAAACCGCGCGCCCGGCCGAGAACAGGCACUUGCACACUUCCAGAAAAUCAGUAGCAGAGUCUACAGACAGUAGCAGCGGCCGAGUGUCGUCUUCCGACAGUAGCCCGGCGAGGUCUGGGUCGCCCGUCAGGCAAAAUCACCAAUCUAGUCCCAGUAAGACUUUAGAGAAGAAGAGCAGUGUAGCAGACUUGGACGCGUUGUCCGUGCCAGGUAUCACGGUCAGCCGGAAAAGUAUUGCUGACCCUACGAGCGUGCAGCAAGCUAUUAACGCCAGGGUAUCAGAGAGCGAAGGCUCGCCGAACCGUCGCAAACUAGUCCGCAACCAAUCGGAAGGCUCGCCCAAGCCCUGCCCCGGCGUGUCGUGCGAGCUGCGUCGGCUCGUGGACGCGCCCGCGCGCAAGCGACACGACUACGGCGUCAUCGGGCCCGCCGCGUGCAUGGGCGACCACAAGCCGAUCUACUUACGCGUGAUGCUGCAAUCGGACCGAGGUAAUUUCCGCCAAGAAUUCCAUUCAGAGACAUCGCCAAAGCACGCCAAAACUGACGACACCGAGAAUCAAACCGAGAACGCUGCGGAAUCGCCCAACUCACGGUACAUUCACUUUAAUUCUGACAAUCCUAACAAUAUAUUCAAAGAAACCGAUAUUUAAUUAAUCGUCUAUAACUGACGGUGAUUAUACUACUGAAUGUAGAUUAUUUUGUUUGUUAGAAAUAUAUUAUCAAAAUAUAUCAGCAACUAGCCAACAAAAUUUAAAGCAAACCGUGACAUAUCGUAAAAAAAUAUAAUGCACUGUACCUAACAUUACUUGAUUCAAAUAAUUUAUUUAUUGUCAAGACAGCUAUUCUUAUAGAAAAACCCUAUUUAACUUCUGAAGACUUAUCUCAUCUUGCCAGGCAAAAUAAAAUUCAAGAAGCUUUAGCAAAUUAAAUAUUUGUAUACAAAUGGUUAUAUGUGUAUAAGUAUAAUACCCUUUAUUGGGUGAUAAAUUAGUCACAUUCCAAUUUGGUUUGAUGAAUAUAGAGUGCUGGUUAGUUGACAUUAUCAUAACAGUCUCUUUGUUUAUUAUACUUUCGUUUACAAUUCUCGUAUACAUUUACAUAUUUUGUAAAUGUAUUUAAACAAUUAGUCUUCCUUGCAAUUAUUUUAUCAAAAAAUACUUCUUAAUAAAAAUAUAUUAUGCAAUAAUUAUUACUAGUAUUGCCAGCCCAAAAACAUAUUUAUUUAAUAUAUUUACUUAAUACUCGUAAAUAGUUUUAAUACUUAGCAGCUUCUACUUAGUAGUGGUUUGUAGUAGGUAUCUUUACAUAGCUAGUCUCAAUGUAGUCUUCACUUUACUACCUUAUAAAAAUAUAUAUAAACGUAUUGUUCCACCUAUAACACCAAGAUAUAAGAUUUUAAUAAUAUUGUUGUCCAUAUUUGUAACUUUAAGAGUAAUAAUUUACGCUGUAUGUUGGGCAAUAAUUGACAUGCAACACGUCACAACAGUGCGUGAGAUCACUCUGCUUCAAAAAUCAAAUUAAUGUUGAAGGUCAAUUGUUGCUUAACAGCUUUAUUAGUAUCACUGCCAAAACUAAAGGCAUAGUAAGGGCAGUUAUAUAAUUUAUACAUAGAUAUAUGUUAUUUAUACUGAAUAUUAUAUUACAACAUUUCUUAAGUA